UCAACAAUUGCACCACGUUUCCUUACAUUUUUCUUCUCCUCAUUGGUCUCCCUUUGGCUGGUGGCAUGGAGAGUGGUAUUAUUGGAGGAAAAGAGGCUAAACAUCAUUCCAGGCCUUACAUGGCAUCUAUUCAGUACAUAAAUCAUCACACAUGUGGAGGAAUACUGAUCAGACAGGAUUAUGUACUGACAGCAGCCCACUGUUUGAAUCGCAGUGACUUCUCUAGUCGAGACCACUUUGAGGUUGUUCUGGGAGCUUACAACAUCAACAAGAAGGAGAAGAGCCAGCAGAGAAUCCCAGUGAUUAAAUACAUCCAACAUCCUAUGUUUGAACGGAACAAGAAAGAGGACUGCAGCUAUGAUAAACUGUUAAUAAAGCUGAAGAACAAAGCCAAGCUGAAUAAGUUUGUGAAAGUUAUGUCUCUUCCUAAGAAAAAUGGGAAAACACCAGCUAAUGUUAAAUGCUACAUUGCUGGUUGGGGGUUGAAAACACCAAAAGGAGAACAGGCAUCAGAUGUGAUGCAGGAGGUCAGUCUCAAACUGCAGGAGAACUCAAAAUGUAAAAUAUGGUGGAAGCAGUACUUCAACACUGAGAGAAUGAUCUGUAGUGUUUCAGAUGGGAAACAUGCUUUUUGUUUG